AUGAUGCAGCUUUCAAGUCUUGCGUUGGCCACAGCUACAGCCUUGGUACGAACGCUCCCGCGCAACGCUUGCGCGCUCCUGCCGCUUCACGUCGCCAGCGCUGCUCCGGCUGAGGCCAUGACUACCGACGCAAUUUCCAGCUGCGGCCAGGCUUGGAUGCCUAGGGAUGAUGUCACAAUUGGACAAGGCAGCGACAAGCGACGAGGAUUCUCUUCCGCUGUGCAGUCUUUUUGCUGUGCCGCCAAGGGGAGGACCGUCAGAGCCGGCGGCUAUCUUUCGCUUUCCACCGAGGUUUUUCUCAAUGGCGGAAAACCUCCUUCGGAAUAUGGCAUCCAAGGCUUUGUCAACUUCGAGGUUCACAACAAGAUCACUUCCGACCAUGUUAUUUCCAAGAAUGACUGUGUCAGAUAUCUCAACGCCCUAAGCGCGGAUGGCGGUAAAUGCUCCGGCGCCACUAACAAGGAUACCAAAGGCGGAACUUGGCAGGUUGGCCCCGACGGCAUCUCUUACCAUGCCAUUGGCUAUGAGACGCCGCCCAAGGAGGACGCCGUCAAUAAGAUCUUUGAGGGCUCUGCUAUUUCAGCCCAGAGCGCCAACAAGGGUGCUGGUCCACCUCUGAGCCCGUGGCCGUUUGGAUCACUCAGCAACAUCAAGCCUGUGGCUUGUCACAGCCACAAUGACUACGACCGCAACGUCCCCGUCUUCUCCGCCUUCAGUGCCGGAUGCAUUGCCGUCGAAGCCGAUGUUUUCCUUUCUGGGGACGAUGUCAUCAUCGGCCACGUUUUCCCAACCCCUGGCCGAACUCUGCGUAUCCAGUACACGCAGCCUCUCCGUGCCAUCCUCGACCACAACAAUGGCGGCUCGCCGGGCGAAAUCGGCAUCUAUAAGGCCCGCCCUGAUCAAAAUGUUGUCCUCAUGGUCGACUUCAAGACAUCCGAUACCAAGACACUUGAUGCUGUCGUUGCUGCGUUGCAACCUCUCCGUGACGGCAAGUACCUGAGCCACGUUGCUGGUGGCAAGUUCGUACAACGUGCCAUUACUGUCGUGGCCAGUGGCAGUGCCCCCUUUGACCGUAUUAACUCGGGUGAUGGUGUGCCCAACCGUGAUAUCUUUUAUGACGCCAAAGUCGACAAUCUCGACGCCAGGUACAAUACGCUCAACUCGUACUACGCCUCUGCCGACUUCCAGAGCGCCAUUGGAAACCCGUCCAGCGCUGGUGCCUUCUCUGAUGCGCAAAAGGCUAAGGUCAAGUCUCAGGUGGAUGCUGCGCAUGCUGCUGGACUAAAAGUCCGUUACUGGAACCUACCCGGUGAAUACAUGUGGGAGCCUCUGGCGGCUCUCGGUGUUGACUACCUCAAUGCCGAUGAUAUGUCUAAUACGGCACGACUCAAGCGCAUCUAA